CGAAAACGAACGGGGUGGAGCGGGGGGGGGGCGCUACACCAGUCUUCGCCGCACAGAUGACGCCUCCGCGACGCUGGUGCCGCGCGUGCGUGUGCUCGGGGGGUAACGCCGGUGACUCGAGUGAUCCCAGUGAGAGUAAGCCGCGACGCCAGCGAGGCUAAGGAUGGCUGAGCAGGAGCCGUCCCCGCCGUCCUCCCUGGAGGGCAACAAGCCCGGCUUCCCCACCUCCGUCCUGGCCGACAAGCACGAGGACAAGCACCUGUGCACCGCGUGCCAGAAGAUCCUGCGGAGGCCCUUCCAGGCCGAGUGCGGCCACCGCUUCUGCUCCUACUGCUUCAACCGGGCCGUCAGUUCUGGACCCCAGAAAUGCAGUGCCUGUAUUAAGGAAGAUAUAUUUGAAGAACCGACGUCUAUUCUGAAGCAAGGAUGUGCCUUCCCCGAUAACGCGGCCCGGAGGGAAGUGGAAGGCCUUGCUGCAGUUUGUCCAAAUGAAGGAUGCACAUGGACAGGAACAGUGAAAGAGUAUGAGCGUAACCACGAGGGAAAGUGCGAGUUCAUGAUCGUUCCGUGCCCUUCGUGCAAAGAGCUCCUGCGAUUUAACGAGCAGGAGCGCCACAACGAGCGCGAGUGCCCCGAGAGGACGCUCAACUGCAAGUACUGCAAGGAACCCUUUCAGUUUAAAAACAUCAAGGCUCACGAUGAGAUCUGCCCAAAGUACCCUAUGAUCUGUGAAGGCUGUGCCAAGAAAAAGAUCCCCAGAGAAAAGUAUGUGGACCAUAUUAAGUUCUGCAGCAAAUUCAGAGCACCGUGCAGAUUUCACGUUGUCGGGUGCGACAUGUCCGUGGAGAAGGAGAAGAUCCACGAGCAUGAACGCGCCUGCUCCUACGAGCACCUGAACCUCCUUCUGCACUGCAUCAUGGGCCUCAAGGUGAACCUGGAGGGCAUGCAGCCCCAGAGUCUCGAACUGGCCAGCCACAAGAUCCACGAGCUGCACCAGUCGCUGCGAGACCUGGAGGCACGCGUGAGCAAGUUGACCGCGGCGGCGGCCGCCGCCCCCGUGCAGGGGGCAUGCGCCCCUGCCGCGCUGCCCACCUCCUUCACGCCUCUGCCUAGCGCCGGCGCCGCCGCCCUGGAGCUGCAGCUGCAGAGCGAGAAGGCCAAGGUUGCGGAGCUGGGCCGCCGGUGCCAGGAGCUUGAGUUGAAGGCGUCCACCUUCGAGAACAUCGUGUGCGUGCUGAACCGCGAGGUGGAACGCGCCGCCACCACCCUGGAGGCCCACAACCGGCAGCACCGGCUGGACCAGGACAAGGUGGAGACCCUCAGCAAUAAGGUGCGACAGCUUGAGAGGGCCGUGGGCCUGAAGGACCUGACCAUCGCGGAGAUGGAGGGGAGGCUGCGCGAGAUGUCGGCCGCAACGUUCGACGGCAUCUUCGUCUGGAGGAUCUCGGACUUCACCAAGAAGAGGCAGGACGCCAUCGCUGGGCGGGCGCCCGCCAUGUUCUCUCCGGCCUUUUAUACGAGCAAAUAUGGCUACAAGAUGUGUCUGAGGAUCUACCUGAACGGUGACGGCACGGGACGCGGCAGCCACCUGUCCCUCUUCUUUGUGGUGAUGAGGGGUCCCAGUGACGCACUUCUGAAGUGGCCCUUUAACCAGAAGGUUACGCUAAUGCUGUUGGACCAGAACAACCGCGAACACAUCAUUGAUGCCUUCCGUCCCGAUGUGAGCUCCAGCUCGUUCCAGCGGCCCGUCAGCGAGAUGAACAUCGCCAGCGGCUGUCCGCUCUUCUGCCCGCUGUCCAAGCUGGACUCCAAGAACACCUACAUCCGAGACGACACCAUCUUCAUCAAAGCUAUCGUGGACCUGACGGGCCUCUAGUCCUCUGCGUCCAGCUUCCCGGUCGUUUCACUUAUCCUGCAGCCAAGGCUAAAGGGAACCGCAGUGUGGGGCUCUGGUUGUUACAGGUCGAAGGGCUGCGUGAGGAUAUUCAGCUGCCGAACUCGUCCCUCACUAGCAGCCCGGUGUCGCCAUGGUUUCAUUGCUUCAAACGAUCGACAUGCAGCAUACUAUACUCUCCUUUAGGUGUAAUAGCUUUGCUGAUGUUAUCCAGCAGGGGGCACCACAGUCUCAUGAAACACUGGGUGUCUCACUUGCCUUGUUCUAAUAACCCUAGAAUAACUCAGGAGCAGCGUUUUAGGAAAUGGCGAAACAAAGAAAACCUCUGGAAUUUCAGAGAAGGGGUGGGAUUUAAGGUACUCCGAACAGCUCCCGGCGCGUGCCGUCGUUCUGGUGAGAAUGUAAGGAGUUGGCAGUGAGGGAUUGCUCCCAGCCAAGGCCUAGGUGUCAAAGCACUUGUGAAAGAGUAUGAUGGAGAAUGUCCUCCACCACUGGGUGGCGCUGGUGAACAAGCAACAUUUGAACCGCCGAUCGAUUACGCUCGUUUAAUUGGUAAUGCCCUAAAAAUGUCUUCGGACGCGAGGGCGAUGUGAAGUCUCUCUAGUCUAGUCUUCUAGAGCUUUUUGUAACUUCAGGCUCCUGUAUAUACCCUUUGACAUUUUGAACAUAUUGCCUUAUUUUGAGCAAAUUUGCAUAGACAGACGUGGAGUUACAAGAACAAAAAUUGUGCACAUUAAUUUGCCAUUUUGCUACUAGCGAGCCUGGAGAGUAUCACACCGUGAGCUUUUGAUGUUCUCUUGCGUAUUUUGUUUUUCGUGCAACCCUCACCUUUAAGCCCUACCUAUGUAUUUAUUGGUAAUUAUCCGUAGUGGUGGACAUUGCCUAAAUUCCUUAGAUUAAACACGUCGUUUGGGUUUAGCCCGCCGUGUCGUCAUGUGCGUCGCUUUCUUUCCGUUGGAGUCGUUUUUAAAUUGCAACGUUGACCUGCAUGUUGGAUCUGUGGAAGAUACACCAGAGUUCGCAACAAAUUAGCAUCGUUUUCCGACAAAACCUAGCAGCUAAAGUUAUCCCCGAAUCUCAGGACGGGGAUUUGUACUCGAUUGCACUCUUAGAUUUAAACUACAGAAUGGAGUGUUUUGCAAGUAGAAAUUUGAAAUUUAAAGGUAUAAGAAGGCUCAAGAUUUCCAGGUAAACUUUUUGUAUUUCUGAAGAAGUCCUGUUUUUGGUGUUGCGUCACAGCUUUUAGCUAUGGUCGAGCAGGUACGGCAGUAAAGGUCCGUGAUUCAGCCUGACAAGCGAAAGACAUUAUUAGCAUAGUUUUUCAGUGCAGUCAGAGGACUUAAGGAUAUGUAGGAAAUUUGUUCCGCAGCUGUAGGGCUUGUGUUAUGUGUUUGUGGUGGGUUGGUGUAUUGGGAUGGGGUCAGGUGUGGUGCGAGUUGUCCUUAAUCAGGCUCUGGGGGGAGGAUUGGGUGGGGCCACGGUGGUGAAACAGAACCAAAGAGCUCUCUUUGUCUCACAAUACGGUGCAUUCCCCCCCCCCCCCAUAUUUUACCGCCAUGGAACAGUGCUGAUGGUGCACAACAACUCUUGUCUCUUUGGUUUGUUUCACCUGUUAUUUUUCUUUGCAGAAAAUUUGUUCUCAUAAGUACUGAUAUAUGUAAAUACAAAGCAGUAUUAUUAUGACCUGCAAUGAUGAUGAUUAUUAUUAUUAUUAUUAUUAUUAUUAUUAUUAUUAUUUCAAUAAUAGUAGAUGUCAACGAGGUGCACAUUGGGUCCAAGCUCAAUGCAGGUCUCAUUUACAUGGAAAUGGCUGAUGUUCCCCUGGUUUCCACAAACUGGCCAAGAGUGUCUAACACUUUGAAGGAGAUUUUGUCUAGUGUUCUGGCACACAAACGGGACAUGGCUGUUAGAAGAGUCCACUCUAACCCCCCCCCCCCCGUGUUUUUUUCUAGUCUCUGUGCAGAAAGGCUGCCAACCCAACCUGUUUGCAAACCCACCUCUGCAGACAUUGAAUUUUCUCUGUGCACGAGAAGCUUCAAUUCUGAGAAAUACAUACUGUUAACUGUUGGCGAACUCUGCAGUCCAGCGGUGAACACGUUUUAUUUGUAUUCCGUUUCUUUCAGAUGACAUGGAAGCAUAUAAAAUAACUAUAAUGGCGAUUAUGUUAUGAUAUUUCAUAUUUAAGUAAACAUAAGCAGAUGCAUAUCUGCAAUAUAACAAUAUAUAUGUUUUUCACAAUUGCCUUGUGCUGCCGAUAUAUUGCUGUGAAUAUUCCAUAAUUAACCCUAUGUCUAUUCAGUUAUAAUAUAGUCUAUUAAUAAAUAAUAUUUAUACAAUUAUAUGGGGUGGUGGGUUGGAAACAUGUUUGGGUUGCAUUUAUGUCCUGCCUGCUGCUUCAGAAGCGGGAAAUAAAAUCCUCCCUUCAUAUUCCUGAUUACUUUAAUUUUCUUACAUAUUUGUGAAAAUGUUCACUUUGAAGCUUCUCUGUAAACAUUGUUUUGACACCAUUCUCAAACACUACAUCCAACCCAGUAACAUUGUAUAUUAAGCUGAGUUUGUAUAUACAAGUUUAUAAAAAGUUGCAUUGAAUAUUAGUAUGUUUUGUAUAACUUGGCAGCAGUUUGCUAUUUGUUCAAUUAUGUAGCAGUCAGUUUUAGAAAUGGGGUUUUUAAGCGAGACUAUAUGUUAGGCAUGUUAGGCAUGCAUGUUAGAGAACAUUUAACCCUCUGUGGUUUUGCAUAUUUCUCUGUGCCUGUUAAUGGAGCUUGUAUAACCCCCCUGGUAAAAUUGAGGUUCUUAUCGGCUCAGCAUAUUGCAUGUGGCCAUGUAUGUAAUCUUUAGCAAAUUCACAUCAAAGAAUGUUGGAUACCUAAAAGCGCAAACAUUUAUUAAAAGCUCACACAUGCAGUAGCAUUUAACCAAAUCUUAUAUAAGUCACUUCUGUUGUCCGAUUUGAAUGUAUUUAAUGUCUGGUCACUUUCAACAGAUCAAAAUCCCUGAAGUACCUUUUUUCUUCAAUUUAUCACACUUUAGAAAACAUUUAUUUUUAUAGUUUUUAACCAGUACUGUUGUACUAUUGUAUUGUUUCUUUAUUCUGCUAAUGUAAUAGUGAAUAUAUAUAAAUUAAUUUCCCUGGAACAUGGCUGUGGUCAAAUUAAUAGGUAAUGGUGAAAUCUUAUAAUCCGUUAUAUUUCAAGCAACAGAGUGUAAGAAUAACGCUGGAUAUAAUGUUUUGACAUUUCAUGUUCUGCUUUAUGAAUAUGAUAGAUGUUGACUUUGUGAUUAUCGGCAAGUUAAUGUGUUGUGAAGAAGGGUUGUUUGUGGGAUGGUUCUUUGAAGUAUCAGUAUACCGCUGUUUAACGCACGUAGGUUCUUCUGAUGUGGUGUGGGGAUUAAGUAAAUUUCUUCACUAUUAUUUGGUGCCUUUUUAAUUUUUUUUUGUACGUUUAUUCCAGAAUUUUAAUGAAGAAAUAAAGCUAGCUGUCUUAAUUCAUAACAUGUUGUUAAAUUACCUUAUUUUUGAACUUUACAGUGAAUUAAAAGGUGUGCAUCAACUUCCAAAGGGUCUGAUUACAGGUGGACCCCGAUUUACGAUGGGGUUACGUUCUGCAAAACCCAUCAAGUUGAAAAUAUUGUUAGUUGAAAAUGCAUGAAAUACACCUAACGCACAGCUCUGGGUGACACUCCGGGUUACGAACGUCCAACUUGCAUACAACCCAUUGUUACGAACCACCUCUGUAAAGCCUGUUAUAUUAAAAAUUUGAGUUACGUACAAUGAUUCGUAAUAGCAAACGGCCACUACUUUGCGAUGCGCAUCAAAACGUUUUGCGUCUACAGCGGUUCGUCAGCCUGAGG